AUGGCGGAGCUAUGUUUCACAGAGGGCAUGGGCAUUGAAGAGAAAGCGUACGUCCUGGUCAAUCACUUGCUCAUACAAGACGAAGUACAGAAAUGGAAACAUGUCAUGAAGACGGAGCUUGUACAAUCACAGUAUUCGGUGGAUAAGACGAAAAUUUUGGGUUCUGUCAAGCGCACUGUGAUCGAUAUGUAUUGUGUGGCCAUGCAGGAGGCAGCUAAAGCCUCGCAAAAUCAUUUAAAAGAGAAGGUUGCCGAUGGAUGUAUACUGCCGGGCAUUCGCACGACGGACGGCUGCGAUCUCGAUGUCGUUCGAGCUGCGCGUGAAAGGUGGGACAAAGUCACGAAUGUAGAGUUAAAGCCUCAUGGGAACGACCUAGCUAAAUCACCUAGAGCACAAAUCGUCAAAUCUUUCAUGCCAGCGCGAUUUCUGUACGAUGGCCUUGAUCUACUGCAGUCACUGCAAGCUAUAAAAUCACCUAACGAAGCUUGUGAGCGAAUCGGGACCUCGGCAAAUUUUUGGAACUCUAUCCAACUACAGCUGUACACAUCGACGUUUUCUGAGUAUCGAAGAGUAUUUUCCGAACUAGCGCCAGGAUGCAGGCAGAUUGGACUGGAUGAACACUUUCUUGCUCAUGGAAGUGAAUUUUUCGCAGAGAAACACCGCGUUGGUGAUCUCGUCCUAGCACAAAAGAAUGGAUUGAUGGCUCGUCAUUUUUCCAAGACAGGGUGCCCCGUCGGACUGCGUUCCUAUAUCUGGCGUCAUAUUUUGUCGGUGUCGAUUACCGCUCAGGAUCGGAGCUACUUUGAAUACUUGCAGAAACAGGUUAUGCAGUGGACCUAUCUCACUGAUGAAAUGUACUUGCUCGAUCUACACCAGACACUCGGAUGCUCUGAUUAUUUCGUUUUCCGAGAUCACCUUGAAAGCGUGGUGAUGGCAUUCACUCGUGAUACAUUUGUCGUAAAACAUGCAGUGCGUGUCAAUGGCAUUGUCAAAUGCUCUCUUCCGCUCGAAGAGAAGCUAUUACCUAAUUUGGAUAGAGAGCCGGAAAUCGUUGCAACUGAAUAUAGAGUCCCUCCAAAUGGAGUAUUGCCCUUUAAAGGUUUCGCCAUGUAUGUUGCACCUCUAUCUUAUCUUUACGCGGAUCCCAUAGAAUUUUAUUACGUUUUUCGCGAAAUGUAUAUUCGGUAUUGGUGCAAGCUCAAUGUGAUUUGUCCCGAGCCAGCAUCGAUCCUAACCCUUUGCAAGCUGUUUGAGGAUCUUGUUGCCCGCUCCAAUCCAGCUGUAUUUUUUCAUCUUUUAAACGUAGGAGUGAAACCUUUGGACAUAGCUUUUCCGUGGAUUCAAAGUGCAUUUUCGAGCUUACUGGACAUCGACCAAGUUCUACUACUCUGGGACCGUGUCAUUGGGUAUGAUUCGAUGGAUGUUUUAGCUGUUCUUGCUGCUGCUCUUUUUGACUUCCGAGCAAAUGAGUUAGAGCUUGUGAACACGCUUGAGGAUGUCAAUAAUCUCUUUAUUGGGCUCAGCAAUGUAUCAGUGGUCGCAUUGUUACAAAAUUAUCUCUUCACAAUCUUGUGA